AUGGAUUCGGUAGCAGCACAAUCCUAUAUUAUUGGCUACACUGUAAUCACUAAAUUACAAUCUUUGGUUUUUAUUCAUAAUUAUUUAUUCACAUGGUCUAUAGCUAUAUUGUUCUCGUUGAUUCCUUCUAUAUUAUUUAUAUGUGCACCAUCAUCACUUCUUACAACUCGUACAUCACAUUUUCUUCUUAUAUGUAUAGUAUGUUUAUCAAAUAUGUGUUCUCUUUAUAUUCAUCCACAUAUGAUCAAUACUCAAGGUGACCCAACUUUAUCAUUUCAUACAUGUCGUUUUAUUACUUUUUUAUCAACAUUGGCGAAACCAAUGGAGCUUUAUUUAACAUUAUUAUUUAGUAUUGAACGAUUAUUUACAAAAAUUCUAUUAAAUUUUCUUUUACAAUUUACUAAUCGUCGUCUAUUAUUUCAAAGAUUAUAUUCGCUUUGUAUUUUUCUUGGUACAAUUCUCAUAUUUUCAACUCGAUUAUAUAGAGUUUUACUACUAAUCAAACGAAAUCAAUCUAUCAACGGCCAAUCCAACAGUGAUGACGUUGAUGCAAUUGACAAAAUAGCUGAUUUAGAUAAUAGCUCAUUAGAUUCAAAUAUUAUUUUUAAAUAUUGCUCUAGUUCCAUGAAUAUCAAUGAAUAUGCAACAUUUUUUUCGUUUUAUACUAUACAAUAUUGGUUUGAAUUUCUUGUAUUCAGUAUAAAUCUUCUUAUUCUAUUGAUUAUUAUUAUUCAUCAAUUUUGUUUAACGCGUAUUCAACGGCCAAAUGCAUUACAUCAUUUAAGUGUUAACACAAAAUUUUAUCUAUCACUUUCAUCGUGUACCAUUGCAUCGGAAUCAAUCUUACUUUUCUUCCAUUAUAUUGUCGAUGACAUCGACAAUGGUGGUACCACUUCACAAUUAGUAUCACUACAAUGUAUGCUAUUUGUAUACAAUUUUCGUUGUAUAGUUCUUCCAUUGAUCAUAUGUUUAACGAUGUGCGAUCCGUUAAAACAAUUGCUUAUGGAAAUAUUUAUUACACGUUCUUAUCUUGAUAAUAUUGACGAAAAUGAUACUACGAAUACAAUAGAUAAUCAAGCAGAAUCAUUUUCAUCUACGCAAAGAAAGAAUAUUGGUAUAUAUCAACAAAUGCGUCGAAAAUUUAUAAAAAUUAAAACUUCAAAUGAUAAAGAAUAUUUGACCGGUGAAGAAACAUAG